CCUGUGGUUCAAACUUGUUCAAUAAUACUUCCAGUUUGCAGAGCAGUUCAUUGGGUACUACAAGCAACCAACUGGGUAUUACUCAACCAGCUCCUGCUUUUCCUACUUUUCAGACAUCUCAGCCUCUUCAGACUAGUCCUUUUGGCUUCAGCAACACCAACACCUUUAAUCAACCACAGCCAGGCAACACAAGUGCCUUUUGUGGUUUAGCAGGCAUUUCUGGUCAGAGCAACUUUGGACAAUCGUCUGUGGCUCAAGGCUCUGCAGCUGUACAACAACCAGUACCUGCUACAAAUCCAUUUGGAACGCUCCCUGCGAUGCCUCAGAUGUCAAUUGGUUCUCCUUAUCAGAAGCCUGAUUCUGGAACUACUACUUCUGUCACUUCUGGCACUAGUAUCACCGUAAACCCAACUUCUGGUACUGCUGUCACUAUAACCCCCAGUCCUGGCAGUACUGUCACCAUAACCAUCUCAAUUUCUGGUAGUACUACUAUCAAUAUAUCCCCCACUUCUGAAACUACCUCAAGUAAUACACCUUCGCCAACUGGAGAAACUUCAUCUCCAUUUAGCUUUAGGCUUCCCCAUCCUGCCCCAAAGUCUCCGAGUUUAUCUCAACCCUUCAACAGUUUGGAUAAAAAACCACCAGCUGUACAACCAAUACAUUCUACAAGCUCAUCUCUGGUUCCAAUUCCUGUUCCUGCACAGCCAAUUGAAGAUGGUGUCAGAGAAUCCAUUAAAAACCAGAACGAUGUCACGCUGGGAAUCACAAAGCAAUUGCUUCUGGAUGUAGGCAGGGACAACAACAUGGUGUACUCGCCGCUGUCCAUCCACAUGGUUCUUGGCCUGAUAGCAGCUGGAUCAACAAGAGGAACCAACAGGGACCAGAUUCUCAAUUUCCUGAAGGCAAAGUCCACCGAGGAACUCAAUGACUUUGCUUCCAAGCUUGUCCCUCUGGUCUUUGCUGACGGAUCCCCAAAGGGAGGGCCUUGCUUAUCAUUCUCUAAUAGUGUUUGGCUCGACAAGUCUCUCAGUUUCAAGGCUUCUUUCAAACAUGUAGUGGACAAUGCAUACAAGGCGGCUUUGAAUCAAGUUGACUUUAAGACCAAGGCAGAGGAAAUCCGAUGUGAAGUGAAUUCAUGGGCCGAGGAGGAGACUAGAGGCCUCAUCAAAGAGGUUCUUCCCCCUAUGUCAGUUGACAGCACAACAAGGCUUAUCCUUGCUAAUGCAUUAUACUUUAAAGGAGAUUGGACUGAGAAGUUCGACGCAUCACUUACAAAAACAGAUGAUUUCCACCUUAUCGAUGGGAGGUCAGUAAAGGCACCCUUCAUGAUCAGCUGGAAUAAACAAUUCAUAAGUGCCUUUGACGGUUUCAAAGUCUUAAAGCUUCCUUACGAACAAGGUGGAGAUCACAUUCGGCGUUUCUCCAUGUAUGUGUAUCUUCCAAAUGCAAUAGAUGGCCUGCCAGCUUUAGUUGAGAGAGUUUGUUCAGAGUCUGGAUUUGUGGAUCGCUAUCUUCCCCGCUUUGCAGUUAAAGUUGGUAGAUUUUUGAUCCCGAAGUUUAAGCUCUCUGCUGGCUUUGAGGUUAAAGAAGUUCUGCAAACUUUAGGACUAGACUUGCCACUUCAUCCUGGAAGUUUGUCACAGAUGGUGGACUCAUCUUUGGGGCUAUGUAUGUCUUGCAUACGCCAUAAAUCCUUCAUUGAAGUUAACGAAGAAGGCACAGAAACCGCGACUGUUACUGUUGCCUUUGGUUUAUCUGACUGCAUCUCAAUCCGAGAUCCGCCGAUAGACUUUGUGGCAGAUCACCCAUUCCUUUUCCUGAUCAGAGAAGAAACAUCUGGAGCAGUGCUGUUCAUUGGUCAUGUCCUCAAUCCCAUUGCAGAUCAAUAAUUUAGUAUAUCUCCUAGUUCUAAAGCUCAA